CUCAAGGCCUGCUUGAUACGUCCGCCAUUUUGGGCGCUUCGCUGAUGGUGUCGGUGAACGCGUUUCCCGCCUGAGCGCAACUAGCGGCGAGUCGCGGGCACCUCCAGGUGGUACAGGAUGGCUAGAGUGGCCUGGAGUUGUGUACUUCCCUUUCCUCAUGCGGAAGGUUAGAGGGGGCUGGAGUUGGAUAUUUCCCUUCCUCCAGGAGAACUUCUGUUUCAUGUCCACCAUCCCACUUUAUUCCUGCUAAUCUGCUAAUGCGGUAAAUUGGAAGACAACCGUUGCCAGGAUAACCUGUAAUGGGCAAGGAGCCACAGAGAAGAAAAUAUUUCUUUUAAUUUUUAAACUUGGUUUGAAAGACCAGCAUGUUUUGGAAAUUCGAUCUUCACUCAUCAUCCCACAUAGACACACUUCUAGAAAGAGAAGAUGUAACACUGAAGGAGCUAAUGGAUGAGGAAGAUGUUCUACAGGAAUGUAAAGCUCAGAACCGCAAACUUAUAGAAUUUCUGUUAAAAGCAGAAUGUCUCGAAGAUUUAGUUUCAUUCAUUAUUGAAGAACCACCUCAAGACAUGGAUGAGAAGAUCAGAUACAAGUACCCAAAUAUAUCUUGUGAGUUGCUCACUUCCGAUGUCUCCCAAAUGAAUGAUAGACUGGGAGAAGAUGAAUCCUUGCUAAUGAAAUUGUAUAGCUUCCUCCUAAAUGAUUCCCCCUUGAACCCACUACUUGCCAGUUUCUUCAGCAAGGUGCUAAGUAUUCUUAUCAGCAGAAAACCAGAACAGAUCGUGGAUUUCCUAAAGAAGAAACGUGACUUUGUGGACCUUAUUAUAAAACACAUAGGAACGUCGGCCAUCAUGGACUUGUUGCUCAGGCUCCUGACAUGCAUCGAGCCUCCACAGCCCAGGCAGGAAGUGCUGAAUUGGUUAAAUGAGGAGAAAAUUAUCCAGAGGCUUGUGGAAAUAGUUCAUCCAUCGCAAGAAGAAGAUCGGCAUUCAAAUGCAUCACAGUCACUUUGUGAAAUUGUUCGCCUGAGCAGAGACCAGAUGUUACAAAUUCAGAACAGUACAGAACCAGAUCCCCUGCUUGCCACUCUAGAAAAGCAAGAAAUUAUAGAGCAGCUUCUAUCAAACAUUUUCCACAAGGAGAAAAAUGAAUCGGCCAUAGUCAGUGCAAUCCAGAUAUUGUUGACUUUACUUGAGACACGGCGACCAACAUUUGAAGGCCAUAUAGAGAUCUGCCCACCAGGCAUGAGCCAUUCAGUUUGUUCAGUCAACAAGAGUGUGCUAGAAGCCAUCCGAGGGAGACUUGGAUCUUUUCAUGAACUCCUGCUUGAGCCACCCAAGAAAAGCGUAAUGAAGACUACAUGGGGCGUGCUGGACCCUCCCGUGGGCAACACCCGGUUGAAUGUGAUUAGGUUGAUAUCCAGCCUCCUCCAAACGAAUACCAGCAGCAUCAACAGGGACCUGAUGGAGCUGAACAGCAUUGGGGUCAUAUUGGACAUGUUCUUCAGAUAUACGUGGAAUAACUUUUUACACACACAAGUGGAAAUUUGUAUUGCACUGAUUCUUGCGAGUCCUUUUGAAAACACAGAAAAUAGCACAAUUACUGAUCAAGACUCCACUGGUGACAGUUUGUUAUUGAAACAUCUCUUUCAAAAAUGUCAGUUGAUAGAACGAAUACUUGACGCCUGGGAAAUGAACGAGAAGAAACAGGCUGAAGGAGGAAGACGGCAUGGCUACAUGGGCCACCUGACGAGGAUAGCCAACUGCAUCGUGCACAGCACUGAUAAGGGCCCCAACAGCGCCUUAGUGCAGCAACUCAUCAAAGAUCUUCCAGACGAAGUCAGGGAGCAAUGGGAGACGUUCUGCACAAGCUCCUUAGGAGAAACUAACAAGAGGAACACGGUAGAUCUAGUUACAACCUGCCAUAUUCAUUCAUCCAGUGAUGAUGAAAUUGACUUUAAAGAAACGGGUUUCUCACAGGAUUCUUCUUUGCAGCAAGCCUUUUCUGAUUAUCAGAUGCAACAAAUGACGUCCAAUUUUAUUGACCAGUUUGGCUUCAACGAUGAGAAGUUUGCAGAUCAAGAUGACAUUGGCAAUGUUUCUUUUGAUCGGGUAUCAGACAUCAACUUUACUCUCAAUACAAAUGAAAGUGGAAAUAUUGCCUUGUUUGAAGCAUGUUGUAAAGAAAGAAUACAGCAGUUCGAUGAUGGCGGCUCUGAUGAGGAAGAUAUAUGGGAGGAAAAGCACAUUGCAUUUACACCAGAGUCCCAAAGACGGUCAAGCUCGGGGAGUACCGACAGCGAGGAAAGUACAGACUCUGAAGAAGAAGAUGGAGCAAAACAAGACUUGUUUGAAUCCAGCAGUGCCAACACGGAGGAUAAAAUGGAGGUAGACCUGAAUGAACCACCCAGCUGGUCAGCCAACUUUGAUGUCCCCAUGGAGACCACGCACGGUGCUCCCUUAGACUCUGUGGGGUCUGACGUCUGGAGCACAGAGGAGCCAAUGCCGACGAAGGAGACAGGCUGGGCUUCUUUCUCAGAGUUCACGUCUUCCCUGAGUACAAAAGAUUCUUUAAGGAGUAAUUCUCCAGUGGAAAUGGAAACCAGCACUGAGCCAGUGGACCCUCUGACGCCCAGUGUGGCUGCGCUGGCAGUGCAGCCAGAAGCGCCAGGCAGUGUGGCCAUGGAAGCCAGCUCUGACGGAGAGGAGGAUGCAGAAAGUACAGACAAGGUAACUGAGACAGUGAUGAAUGGCGGCGUGAAGGAAACUCUCAGCCUCACUGUAGAUGCCAAGACAGAAACUGCGGUCUUCAAAAGUGAGGAAGGAAAACUGUCUACCUCUCAAGAUGCUGCUUGUAAAGAUGUGGAGGAGAGCCCAGAGGCGGCAGAGGGGAAGCCUGUGGCCCCCCGGCCCCCUAGCAGCAGCCCAGAGCAGAGGACUGAGCAGCCGAGCGUGCCCGGUGACGCGGCGGUUAACGGCCCCGUAUGAUGCGCGCCCCGCUGCUGCUGCGCUGCUGCUGACCGAGGACCGCAGGCGCCCCCGCGGGCUCGGGCUGCGUCGGGGCCCCGCGCCGCCACCGCUGCACUCACUCUGCAAGGGAUCAGGACCAGCAACCUUUCUAUUCUAGAGUCUAAGACGUGUACAGAGAAUCCCAGACGUGUACAAAUAUUGCACAUUGACAAAUACCAAGAACUUUUGCGUAUGUUUAUAUUGUUCUAAACAAUGGGUAGCCUGUGAAAUAAGAUCUUGCCACCCAUGUAAUAAUAGUAGUAAUACUAUAGUUAAAAAUGGCUGUAAGAAUAGUUUUAUAAAAGUGAAUACACAGAUCUAUUGUAUUUGAAACAUAACUAUUUGACAAUUAUUAGUGUGACCAAAGUAUUAGGCAGUUUUCAUACAUUUUUCACCUUGUACAAAAUUCUGAAUUCAUUUUUCUUCCAGGUUGGCGAGGAAUUGUAGGAUUGAAAUGCCCUCUAAGUGUUAUUUUGGUUGUUCUAACUUACAAAAGUGAUUUUGCAUAAGAAAUAUUUGGUGUUCUUUUUAUAACCAGUUUUUGAUUGGUAACUGUUUUCUGUAUUGUUUAAAACGGAUCAAAAAAUGUAAGUCUAUUGGUAGAGAUUAAGUAUUUAUUGCUACAACUUAGUUGAUAAAUUGAUGUUAUUGUAAAGCCAUAUGUUCUGUUAAAGUCUCGUUUGCUUGAACCAAUUAUCCCUACAGGUGAAACACUAGAAUAUUUGGAGUGUACAUGGCGUGUGGUUUGGAUUUUUUUUUUGUUUUCAUUUUUUGUUUUGUUUUGGUUGUUCAUCUGCCUUUUAACCCAUUCACCAAAAUUUACCUUGUUAACAAGCGUCACCAGUGAACAUUUCAGAGCAGUCUGCGCACUGAACAGCCCUAGAUCACACCAGGCUAGUCAGCGGGAAAAUGCUCGUGCUGCUGAUGGAAUUAGAGCGCGUUCAUUUUACAGGCUAGUGUUUUUAAACUAGAAAUCAAAACCUGGCACCUAAGCAUGGUAAUUGUUUUACUGUACCUUGUGAGGUUUUCACUCGUAAAUUCUAAACCAGUGUAUUUUUUUUAGAACUGGUUUGUGUACAUAUUAUAGUGAUUAUGGAUACUAAUUCAAUGUAAUUUAUAAUUUUCUAUGUCAGUAUAAAAAUACAUCACAGCCUUCUCAAACAGCUGAAGCAAUAUAUUGUAUAUUGCCAUAUUGUCUGGUGAAAGGGUUAAAUUACUUCACCUCUUGCACUUUUAGAUGCAAAUCAGUUUUUCAUUUCUGUAAUAGAAAAUUAUCCACGUAUUUUUACAUCAUUUGUUUUUCCUGACCAGUAUUUAAAACCAAAAGGAUAUUCUGAAAAAUGGCCAACGAUUUUUUUAGAAAUAGCAUCCCAAGCAGCGUGCCUAAACAUUACAUUGCAUAUGGAAAUAAAAAAGUCAAAUGUC